UGCACGGCUCUCAGAAUCCAGCUGAAGGCGAAAGCAACUCGCGGCUACUCACAAUAAGGGAAUCCGAUCCGCCAAGAUAAGACGUUAGAGAAAAAAGGAGGCGAUCAGCAUAAGCCGGUGCAACUGUGCUGCUGCUGCGGCUGCUGCGGCUGCUACUUACAACUUCUGCUGCUAAUACUCCACGAGUAGAAAGGGAGCAGAUCUCUCUCUCUCUCUCUUGCGUUGACAAUGGAGUACUCGUCGCUACUGAAACCCACGGAGAAUCUGGAGAACUUGGAGAGACAGCUCAUGUGUCCGAUCUGCCUGGAGGUUUUCUCCAAACCCGUCGUCAUUCUGCCGUGCCAGCACAAUCUCUGCAGAAAGUGUGCCAAUGAUGUUUUCCAGGCCGCCAACCCGUUCAUGGUGACACGGGGUAACACGGUGACGUCCGGAGGUCGUUUUCGCUGUCCCUCGUGUCGCCACGAGGUGGUGCUGGACCGGCACGGCGUGUACGGCCUGCAGCGCAACCUACUGGUAGAAAACAUCAUCGACAUCUACAAGACAGAGUCCACCAGGCCGGUGAAAAAGGUGGACCACCCGAUGUGUGUGGAGCACGCGGAAGAGAAGAUCAACAUCUUCUGCAUCACCUGCAGCGUGCCCACGUGCUCUCUGUGCAAGGUGUUCGGAGCUCACAAGGACUGCCAAGUGGCCCCCCUGGGGAGCGUUUAUAAAAGCCACAAGAACGACCUCAGCGACUCCAUCUCCAGACUGGUGGCGAGCAAUGACAGGGUGCAGCUGAUGAUCAGCGAGAUGGAGCACAGCUGCAAAGUCAUCGAUGAGAACAGCCGGGUGCAGAAGCAGAUGCUGUGCGAGCAGUUCGACGGCGUAUACGCGGCGCUGGAGGAGAGGAAACAGGAGAUGCUGAUGGUCAUCUCGCAGGAGCAGGAGGACAAGAACCAGCACGUGCGGGACCUCAUCAAGCAGUACAACGAGCACUUGCAGUCCGCCUCCAAGCUGGUGGAGACAGCCUUCCAGGCCAUGGAGGAGCCCGAGGCUGCGGCGUUCCUCCAGAGUGCAAGCGCUCUUCAGAAGAGCGUCGUCGAUGCUACGAAGGGGUCCGAAAUGCCGAAGAUGGAGAUGGGCUACGAGAACAUGAACCACUUCCUCGUCGAUUUGGACAACGUCCAGGAGGCUGUGAGGGGCAUUGACUUCGGCAAAGAUGCAGAGGAUGAGGACGAAGAGGAGGAUGAGGAGGGGGAGGAGGUUGCAGAGUCUGAGGAAGGUAACUCGGACAGCUCGGAUGCAGACGGGGUUCACAAGUGAUGUCGGCUAAAUGGGGGGGGGGGGGGGGGUAUGGAGCUCUUCUGUACAAGACAAGGCAAAUGAAGACGACUGGCGGUUGAGAAUGCUGCUGAUACAAAAUGUAUAUUUAUUAUUAUAGUAAGUGUGGAAGAAUACGAUUUCCAUUUUUUUUCAGGGCAAUUCUAAGUGGCUAUAUCAACCUCUUUGGCAACUAAAUUGUGGGUGGUUUCAAAUUAACUUGAAAGUGGGACAUUGACAUAAAUUACAUUUUAUACUUGACAGUUUUGGUAUUUAUGAUUUUUUUUUACAUAUGCACGUGUUCAUUUUUUGUUUGUUUUGAUAAAGUUGAGAUGCGGUUUUUUUCCCCCCUUUGUCGUAGUUCUAAAUAAAAUGCACUUUGAUGAGCCCAAUAACAGCACUUGGAGAGAAUGUAUAAAAAUCAUCAUGUAAUGUAUUAGAUUGUGCAAUGCUUUCUGAGCUGUUAAAGGGUCAGUGGUGCACAGAUUGUAGCCAAGGAGGGGGGGAAUUCACCGCCGAAUUUCAUGCCAGCGACACAAUUCACCAACAGCAAUACCCCGUGAGGAUAUGCACAGCCAAUGUCUUGGUGUGGUUGCACAACCGUUGUUGUAUUGAUUGAUUUUGAUUGCUCUUAUUUUGUCGACGUGGGUAAGAAAUGCUCAGCCGUGAGCUGCGUUAGAAGAAUGAUCCACGGAGGAUCUUUGUUAAAAAAGAAAGAAAAACAAAAGAAAGUUACAGAAAAGAAAUCAAAACAUUGAGUAGCAAUGUGCAGAUUAGGGCCCGGUGGACCACGUGGAGUUGGACAACCAGAUAGAGGGCGAUGAGGCUCCUGUAGGAGGCGGUACAGCAAGCGGGUCGCAGACCCCAUCUGUGCAGAUUUAGAGCGACUUCUCCAUGUCUGUGCGGGAUAAGCGGCGGUGCAGUCGUUGUCGCACUGAGCUCCAAACCUCGUACCGCCUGAGUUGGAUUUCCCGGCCAAGGCCAACAUGAGUUGCAGAGUGAAACUGUGAUUCGAAGUGGUCCUCUUUACCGUCCCUCUUUACCGUCCCGAAUUGACCAGCGUGGUGAAGUAUCGUAACAAAAUUAAAACACGCAACAAUCCGCAACCGGUAUGGAGUAUAAUAGGGCGUGCGUGAAGCUAGACUAGAGCUGUUUAUCCCUGCCACACUCACAUCUCACUACAAUUGUGAAUUGAAUAAAGAUGCCUGAGGCUUGGCAACCCCCCUUUGCUGUGACGCGUUUAUGGGAGCGAGCAGUAUGACGGGACCUGACUACCUGACCUCUCGGUUUAGGCCAUACAGGGUGGUAGAGUACGCAGGUAUAGUGGAGAUGUUGUCCACACUUCACCCCCUACCGCAAGCGAUGCGCCAUCGGACUUGCAUUAACGAAGGGUGCUUCAAAAAAUGUUAACACUCACAUGGGACUAUCGUUUUUAAUGAAAAAAACCCCGGAUAAUACACUGUAACAUGAUAGCAAAUGUGGAUAGCUUAAAAAAGUUACUUGUUCGCCAUCAUUGUCACCACAUGCCUGGAAUCUUCUCCAGGUGGUCUCCAGAGCCCGAAUAUACAUUUGUUGUGAUGUUGUUGCAAAUUCUCAGAAGUGUUUUACAGUUUUUUUUUUUCUUGAAGCACCCUGGUAUAUCGCUUGUUGCCUUAUUAGUAUGCUGGGGUGGACAAGCUACAAGGGUGGACCAGUGACAUUGCCCGUGCCUUCAAGUGCUUUGACCAGAAUCGUAACCUCGAGACCUCUGGGGUUGUUGUUGCCGCUUGUCGUGCUACGCCUGAAAUUCCACGGUGGGUUUUUGGUAUUGCCCUCUCAACGUGCGCUUCCAAAGAGCAUGUUUGUACGGCCACCUCAGCAGAAUACAUAGCAUUUAGCGAUAUAGGCACAAGGGACAUUUGUGCGCGGUUCUUCAGGAUUUAGCACUGUGACGGUGAGACAGAGUAGGCAACAGAGUGAUAAAGGGUUGGUGACAAAAAUGGUAUCUACUUGGCUAGUGUAGCCAGAGAAUACCACUUUAGAACAAGGUUUUUUUUUUGCAGUUGAUACCUAUAUUUGACUUGAGAUGUGAUUUUAAUCUCAGGUAUUAACUUGUUGUUACUGUGAAAUGCGAAGUGUCGUGCUUGCAAUAAACGUCACUACCACCGGU